CUGUAUGUAAAAAGAAAUCGGGUAAGGUACUGUGUGCUGUACGGGACCUUGUGAAGUGUUCCUGGAGAUUUUUGCCUUUCUCGUACACCAAGGUGUACCGAAAGGCUAUAUGUUCACUCCAAAAAUGAAAUUUUGAUAGAGCCCCCGGAGGGUCAAGUUUUAUAUACCAAUCGACUCAGCUUGUUAUAAUGAACGCAGGUACAACUUUACUUUAAUUGUUUCUAAAACCUUUAUUAGACGAUUAUACAAAAAGACAUCAUACAUUUGGGAUGAAUAAACGUUGAAGAAAGGUUGCUGAUAUAUUUGUAAAUAGCAAACGGGUUGGACGUUGUUGAACAACAGCCGAUAACGAAGCAACAACCGUUGAAUAAACAUAAUAUUUACAAUGCUUAUAGAACGGCUGAUAUUGAACAGUUUCUCCAUUUCUGGGCUCAACAGUUUUUUCUCAAUUAAACCAAAUACAGUUCGACUUAAGGCUUAACAACGCAACUUUGAGAAACAUUUCUUAAAGUUAUAAUGGUUGCUUGAGUUGAUACCCUGUCAGCUUUUGUGGAUGCAGCCAGACUUUGGCCACAGCGUGUCGAGGCGCCAUCCAUCCACAUUGAAAAGACGUCCUUACCUUGCGAACCAAUCGUUGAAGAAGACUGGUUCAUCCAUUGGUUCUCGCUUCCGUUCCGUCAACCGUUAACCGAAUACCGAAAGAUAAUUAGAGGACGGAAAUCUGCUGCCACUUCUGGCGGGAAAUCAAUUGAGAUCUUCAGGCUGGACUUGGUUGGAAAGGGCUUGAGGAUUGCGAGGGCUUUUUUCUUCUUAUCGCCAAGCAUUAUGUUCUGUUUGUAUUGAUUGAAGCAGGAUCCCAAUAUGAAUCGUAAUUACUUGACUUGUGUAGCACAGCAUAACAAAGUAAUGAAUUGCUCUGUAAAGCACGAGGGCUCAACUUGAUUAGUCUUAUUUUUUAUUUUUGACGGUGAAGCGAUCUCCCAACACGGUGGGAUUUCCUUCGAUUAAGUUUGGAAACCAAAGCGUUUUUGGUUCUUCCUGCCUGGAGAUAACGUCUUCGCUUUCGGGUUAAACAAAGUAGAUUGUCAGUCACACAGUGAACGGCGCUCGGAUAAGAUGCCGAAUUUAAUAUUUCAGCUAGUGAUUGGUACACUUCUUGUAAUAGAAACGAAACUGUCGCAUCCCAUUUGGGAUGCCAUGACCAACUGUAAGAUACCAAAUGAGUUCAAGCCAGGAGAGUACAAAUAUCCUACUGACUGCCCGGCGUUCCACGAGAUCAACGAUGUGAACAGCAUUGGAAACACAAGCCGAUUGAGUUUUAUUCGCCAACUUCAGAGUACCAGGAUAGCAAAUGGUAAAAUUUGUUGCCCGCGAAGCGGAUCGUACGCUAAUCCUUGGAUAAACAUGGUAAACAUUACAAGAAAAGUGCGAGCUAAACGAAUUUCGGUGAGGAAAAGAAGUGGAACACCAGUAGAUGUUCCAUGCGGCGCGCCAGAUUUCGAUACGCUGAUUAAUAGUGGGGAAAUCGCUAGCAUGUAUGACUUUCCGUGGAUGGCUUUAUUGAUCUACGAGAAAGCCAUGGAUCCAGUUAUUCCAGGUUGCGGAGGAGCUUUGAUUAGUAGAAUGUUUGUCGUAACGGCAGCGCACUGUCUGAAGGGCCCCAUUAUUCAGAGGAAAGGAAAAUUAAAGGCCGUUCGUGUUGGUGAAUAUGAUUUGCUGAAUAAUCCAGACUGCAUCAUUGAUGGUCAAUAUCAAGACUGCACUGAUAAAGUAAUCGAUAUGCAGCCAAACAGCAUCACCGUUCACCCAGGCUACAUUGAAAACAGCAUAAGCCAACAUCAUGAUAUCGGUCUAAUUGAGUUGGCCCAACCAGCCGAGUACACGGCUUUCGUUCGCCACAUUUGCUUGCCCGAGAGCACUGGAGACCCCGCGAAGAAAUUCAUCGUUUGUGGUUGGGGACGAACGAAUUUCUUUAGUAGUGACAAAGGAAAAAGCGUUCAAAGUCCUAUCAAAUUGAAAACGUCACUAUCUUACUACGACCAGGUGAAGUGUUCACAAAUUUAUCAACCGCAAGGACUCAAACUGAUCGACGGCCAGAUAUGUGCAGGAGGACGCUUUGCCAAAGAUGCUUGUUCCGGCGAUAGUGGAUCUCCAUUGAUGCAUUUCGACGUGAAGAGAGAAGCUUGGAUUUUGUCCGGACUAGUAAGUAUGGGUCCACAACACUGUGGAACUGUUGGAAUGCCAGGAAUCUACACCAAUGUUGUUGAAUAUGUACCGUGGAUAAAAACUAUUGCUCAUCUGUAGUGCGCCAGUUAUUUUUAAGAACACUAAGAAAUAAACCAUAGCAACUAAUUGUUUUUAUUUUAUUUUCUAUAAUGAUCAAUCCCUUUCAAUGCUCAGCCUUCUGUACUUCACGUUUAUAUAGAUACUGUAACUGUCGGUUCCAAAACAGGCUUGUAGCUCCACCACAAGUUAACAAAUUUUCAAGAAUUCCAAUUCCCAUCCCAAAUUCCCGGUUUCCAAUUAAUACGCCCUUAUAAAAUAUACGUUUUCCCACUAACAUUAUGAUGGAUCAUUGGCUGCUCUCAAUGGCUUGGUGAGAGUAAGAGCGAUGUUCCACUUUCACUGCACCUCUUCUUUGACGGGCAGGCCCACAGCGAAACAGUGUGAAGAGACUAGGUAAAGUAUCACUUGGUCCUUUUAUUUGACAUGUAGAUGGAACCUGUGAAAAUCGGGUAUAUGACCAACAUAUGAGCAAAGAUGAUUAGCAAGCAACAAAAUUGCUUGUAUGAUUUAGCUCCAUUUCACCAAAGGCCACUUGUUAUAAGAAGGCGAAAAACAAAUUUCGAGUCCUUUCCAGUCGUGAUCUUAGAAUAGAUCGGAAGUGCGCGCGUGCAUAGUUUUUCUAAUUUAAAAGGUUUUUGAUUUCUAUAGUAUGGUGAAUUUGUUUAAUCUAAGGUUGUUAUUUUUCUUAUUAGGUUUAUAAAAACAAUUGUU